AUGAAACUAAUCAUCUUCGCCUCUGUUGCCCUCGCCGCCGUCGUCGGUCUGGUCUUCGCCGACGAAUUCAACUUCGGGAAUAAUUUUGACGAUGGCUAUGGCGGCGGUUACGGAUACGGACUCGGAUCCCUGAGCCUUGGAUCCCUGGGUGGCGGAUACGGAGUCGGAUCCCUGGGUGGCGGAAUCGGAUCAUCAUACGGCUCCGGAUACGGAAAAGCCGCCUACGUCCCCGUGCCUGUCGGAAGGGGAGGCUCCGGAAGCUCCGGAAUCAGCGGUCUCUUGCCCCUGCUCGGUCUCCUGUUCCUGCUCCCUCUGCUCUUCAACAGAAACACCGCCAGAACUUCCGACCAGAUCCUCCUCAUAAACUCUACCCUCACCGGUGGAAAAUAA